GGUUGCCUACUUCCCCUAACUAUUCGCAAGACGUAACCGCGACCAACGCAGAGAGUAUCAGCCCAGUGAUAUCCGACCCCCCAAAGAUGCUCAAGGCCUCCUCGGAUGGCAACCACCUCGCAUCUCGUUCUCCUUCACCCCCUGCUACUGGUGCGGCGCAAGAGGCAGGGCCGAAAAGCGUGGCAUUCGCAACCACGAGCAUUUCCAGAGGUGGUGAACCUCCCUUUGUUAUCCAUCAAUCUGAACGAACUUUAAACCGAACCUCGCGAUCACCGUCACCGUUGGCAAGCCAGGAAAGUUCCGCGCAGAUAAUACCAGCUCGUACUCAAAUAUCGUCAGGGAACGAUAGAAACCUCAAUACUGAACUCGACACAGCUGGGAUGCAGAAAGCAGAAUGACAAUCAUUGAAUAGACAUCUAAUUGCCACGCCCCUCUCCGCCAGCUUCCAAAACCAGGGGCACACAUUCACUGCCAGCUCACCCCUAGAACUCAUGAAGAGAGUGCAAUCGUUGGGCUUUUUUAUUCUGACGUCAAAUUUGGCACUGCGCUAGAACUGGCGCUCUGGUUUGUGUGUGCUACGUAAGGAUGU